AUGGAGGCGGCAGGCUGCAGCUACCAAUUUCGGAUCGCGCUGCUCGGGGACGCGGCGGUGGGCAAGACGUCACUGCUGCGGUGUUACGUGGCGGGCGCGCGGGGGGCAGCGGAGCUGGAUCCCGAACCCACUGUGGGCGUGGAGUUCUACAGCCGCGCGCUGCGGCUGCCCGCUGGGCUGCGGGUCAAGCUGCAGCUCUGGGACACCGCAGGCCAAGAGCGCUUCAGGUGCAUCACCAGAUCCUUCUACCGGAACAUGGUGGGCGUCCUGUUGGUCUUUGAUGUGACGAACAGAGAGUCCUUUGAACACAUCCAAGCCUGGCACCAGGAGGUCAUAUCCACUCAUGGCCCUGACAAGGUGGUCUUCUUACUGGUUGGCCACAAGUGCGACCUGAGCACCCGAUGCGUCUCCACUCAGGAGGCAGAGGAACUUGCUGCCUCCCUGGGCAUGGCCUUCGUGGAGACCUCAGCCAAAAGUAACUGCAAUGUGGACCUGGCCUUUGACACUGUCACCAGCGCCAUCGAACAGGCCCUGCAGCAGGGGGACAUCAAACUGGAAGAGGACUGGGCAGGUGUCCGGCUCCUCCAUAGAGCCCCAAACCCUAGAUCCUCCAGCAGGAAGCAGGACUCAGGCCCAUGCCAGUGUUGACUCCAGGAGAGAAAGGGUUAACCAGACACGUGGUUAACCAGCGGUUCCAGGUGAGAUAGCAGGGCAACAGACAAAAAGACUCCUAGCAG